AUGGGAAAGAAAGAACUAGUCUACCUGAUGGUUGAUACUGCAUUUUAUUUCUACCGGAUCCUGGCAGUCGUUGGAGUUCUCUCUAACUUGGUGGCAAUUGUAACUCUAUCACGAGGGCGGUGUGGACUCUCCAAAGGUGUCACUUGGUAUCUUCUGGCAAUGGCCGUGGCAGAUCUACUUGUUGUCAUAUUUAAUGUCAUUCUCAAGAAGAUAAUUUUCAUUUUUUACUCUCCCGAGUGCAAGAUUAUUGAUGCAAUGGGUUACAUUUCCAUUGCCUGCUCCGUCUGGCUCACUGUUGCCUUCACCUUGGACCGGACGGUGGCCAUUUGCUUCCAGAGGCUGAAGAUCAGAUACUGCACUGAGAAAGGUGCAGCUAUUGUUAUUGCAGUGGUGAGUGUGCUGGGUGUGUUAACCAACAUCCCGUGGCCCUUCAGGUACGAGGCACGGAAAUGCUUGGAGUCGUAUCACUUUCAAAUAUUAACAGUGUGGGAAGCUUUUUACUGGGGCCACCAACUUUUAACCCCAGUCGUUCCUUUCAUGCGGAUCCUGGCGCUGAACGCUGUCACUGUCAGUCACAUCAUCAGGGCCAGUACAGUCCGCAGGAAACUGAGGGGUCAGCAGAAUGGGGUGGAGAAGGACGACCAAGAGAUGAGGAAUCGAAGAAGAUCCAUUAUUUUGCUCUUCACAAUUCCAGCCAGUUUUAUCUUGUUCUGGAUGACACAGGUGGCAAGUCUCACAAUUCAGCGAAUCAAAGGAUCGUAUUCUGUACUGAGAGGUUAUUAUUUUAUCCCAGGCACCACUGGAACAAUGCUUCAAUUAUUCAGCUCCUGCACCAACAUGUUUAUUUAUGCCAUCACUCAGCGCAAGUUCCGGGAGGAGAUGGAUGGAAGUAUGAUAUUGGACCCACAAGUCUAA